AUGUCAGCUCCGAAUAGAGGUAAACCCUCUCUCAUAGCGGCCGCUCAAAGCCAAAAUCAGAACCAACCUCAGGCAUCAACUUCAACUUCAACGACGACGACUGUUCCUCCCAACCUAGCUUCCAUACCCAUGUCUACCGUCUCUUCAUCCACAUCUGGAUCUGGGUCCAUAUCAGCUAGAUCCACACCCGCUCCUUCCCAGGGUGGUAGUGUGCCGCCUUCAGGUGGUGUGCAGAGGCUGAAGUUCAAGCCGAAAGUACCCAUAAGAAGGGUUAAACAAGAAUUAGAUGUCAAACCUGACAUAUCGAACAUACCCGCUUCGUCAUCUGCUCCCCGUGGGGGUAUGCGCGGCUCACCGAGAGGACGAGGAGGACCAGGUAGGGGAAGAGGACGAGGGAACGUACCUUCAACAUCCAUCGCGGCGGGUGUCUUUGGUGGUCCAAGACCUGUUCCCAGUGCUUCAUCAUCUCGUAAAUUCACUGCCAGCGCAUCGACCAUGACAUCCCGGUUUGACGAGCAAGAUAUCGAAGUUUAUUCUGAUCAUUCUGACCAGGAAGGUGGAUCGAUGGGUAGACCAAUCGAUAUAGAUUUGGUAUCUACCAUGUCUGAAUCUGCGCCUACCUCUUUAUAUAGAGAUAGAAGGUCGAAUCAUGAUAAGAAAGUUAAAGGCAAAGAUGAGAAGAAAGAAAAAGAAAAGAAGAAGAAAAAGAAAGAUACCCCCUCUACCAUUGAAUCUGAUGUGAAUAUGGCAUUAGGAGUAAAAGCAGAACCUAUCUCACCUGAGAAACGACCUCAACAGCUUAGAGAGGACGAUACGAUGUUAUCGGAUGAUGAGAUGCAGGAUAGGGAUGAUCAAGGUAGAAGAGUUAGAAACUUCGCUCAAACGGGUGGUAUAGAAGAACCUCCCCAUAGUACUCGCUCGCCAACUGGAGAUGAUGAUGAGGAUGAUGAGGUGAAUGAAGCUCAGAUGGUAGAUUUGAGUGAAAGUGAAGAAGAGGAGGAAGAAGAGGAUAUGACGGGUGAUUUCAAUCAGGUUGAUGGAUAUGACAACCCAGAAGAAAAAUUGUUUAUAUUCCAGUUCCCUCAUCUUUUUCCGAAAUUCCUUCCUGCCACUCCGGUCGACCUUACGACAGAUACCAAACCCGAUAUCAACAACCCCACUACGACCGGAACCGCUCAGAAGGAUGUCAAACCUGAUAUCAAACCUACCGGUGCACAGUUACGAUCCACUGGACCAGGUGGGAAGAAAGUACCUGAACCUUUACCUGAAGGAAGGGUAGGCACGAUGGUAGUCAUGAAAAGUGGGAAAGUGAAGAUUGUAAUGGGUAAAGAUAUAGUGAUGAAUGUGACACCAGGCUUGCCAACCACGUUCAUACAACAUCUCGUUCACCUCGAUAACAAGACCAAAUCGGCUCAUGUAUUAGGUGAAGUGCACAAGAACUACGUGGUCACCCCUGAUAUUGAUAGAUUAUUGGAAGAUCUAUAUAUCAACGGAGGUCAAACCCCUGGAGAGGUAGAUGCGGAGAGGAGGAGACGGUUGAUAAGGGAAAGAGGUUUGAUGCCCAUGAAAAGGGAGAGGGAUUGA